CUCUCCCUCGUUCAGUCUCAUUCCCACACACACCCGCGUUAAACCGGUUCGCUGUGGGUGAAGCAUGUAAACGCUGCUCUGCCGGGACUCGGACUUCGUCUCUCUGGAUUAAAAAGACCCCCCCCCUCCUCCUGCGGUGUGCAUCCGUUUUGUUCUGCGGCUCCGCCCGGUGUACGGCGCGGACCGACCGCACAGAUCUGAGAGUUUUAUUGGAUUGAGAGAGGACAGGUUUCACCCCAAGGCAGGACAAAGGGAACGGAGGGGAAAUCAAGGGAAAAGGACAGGAGUGGACCAAGAGAGCAGUGGAAAUGGAUUACUACCUCCUCGCUCUCGCCUUUAAUGUUUUAAUGCUCGGCCUUGGCUCGGCCCGUGUGGUGACGGUGUCUCCUGGUCCAUUAAUCCGGGUGGAGGGUCAGCCUGUCUCCAUCAGAUGUGAGGUCAAUGACUACGGGGGACCUCGCGAACAGGAUUUCGACUGGGAGAUGUCCAGAGAAGUGAGCGCCCCGAAGAUAAAGAUAAUCUCCACCUUCGAGACCAGCUUCUCCCACCCGUCGUUCAGCAAGCGCGUCGCGUCCGCCGACAUAACGGUGGUGCGGCUCAGGGACAACGAGGUGGAGCUGAGGAUCGCCGAGGUGAAGGCGCAGGACGCCGGCUUCUUCUCGUGUCGGACACCGAGCACCGACUCCGACAUCAGUGGCAACUAUGAUGCUCAGGUCCAGCUCAUUGUCAUCCCCAACACCCUCAAGGUGAACCCCCAGGCUCCGCCCCCAGUCGUCCCGGAGGGAAGUGACUUCACGCUCUCCUGCAGCGUCACCCGGGACCUCACCCACCCCACCUACCUGUCCGUCACCUGGUCGGUGAAGAAGGGGGCGACGUCGGAGGAGAUCCUGACGUUUGGUCCUCAGGGGGAGGUGGUCACGGGGGCCAACUACGCUCAGCGCUUCGCCGACGGAGGCAUCCGACUGGUCCCCGGCAAGAAUGGAUUGUUCAAACUGGUGAUUUCCAGAGUGACGACGUCGGAUGGUGGGACUUACGAAUGUAACGGGACAGAAUGGACGCAUGAGAAAGGAGGGAAAUGGAUAAAAAUCGUGGAGAGUACAAAGGAGAUGGGAACUGUCACCGUGACUCCCACAGGUCAGUCCCUCAGCGUGAAGGCCUCCCCCUCCUCAUCCCCCUCCUCCUCGUCUCUGCUGCUCUCCCCCGGCGAGACGCUGACCCUCCUGUGCUCCGUCGCCUCCGACAACCUGCCCGACGUCGCCCUGGAGGUGACCUGGCUGGCCGACGGCCACAAACUCAUCACCAUGGAGCGCAGCGGGGUGGUGGUGUCCAACGUGUCGACGGCGGCGGUGAGCGGCGCCCAAGGCAGCCGAGGGGAGGCCAGCCUGGAGCGGACGGGGCCCGGGGAGUACAGGCUCAGCGUGCGGCGGGUGAGCAGCGGCGACGGAGGAGCGUACGUGUGCCACGUCCAGGCGUUCGUCGAGACGGGCGAACGGAAGUGGCACAUGGCGGCGGAAAAGACGUCCAGCGCCGUGACGGUGAAGGUCUCGGAGAUCAAGCCGAGCUUCACGGUGACCCUUGAAGCCACCCUCAGCCCCCAGAUGACGGCUGAACCAACAGAGCUGUCUUGUCGCGUGACCAACGUUACCCAGUUACCUACAGGCGGCAGACUCGGCGUCACCUGGAAGCACACCGCGCUUCCUGGUUCAGGUGCCGAUCCCCAGGCCUCACAUUCCAUCGGCUCCUUGGACGGCAAUGGCAACCUGCUGCCUGAAUCGAUGUACGCGGACAGGCUGAAGAGCGGUUUAUUGUCUCUGAGCAGAGUGCAGCCUGACACGUUCACACUGAGAUUCCUCCGCACACAGGAUGUCGACAUGGGCCAGUACUUCUGCACCGUGUCUGCUUGGAGCGUCGGCAGCCAGGGAGAUAUGGUGAAGACCGUCGAGUACCAAAGCUCUCCACUGACUGUCCGAUGGGAUACGAAACGCCCGUCUCUUAACGUCGUGGCCAAACGCAUCCGCGAGGCCUCGGCUGGCGGCGCUACCUUUGAAAUGAGCUGCGCGGUGACCACCCAGAACCUCGGUGAGCCGGGCUACUCGGUUCUAAUCCAGUCCCAGGAAAACCUUCAGAGCCCCGUGAGAACCAUCAUGACUCUGAGCCCUGACAAUGUUCUUCAGCACGGAGGAGCUACAGACCCCACCAGGAGAGACAAUCUGGUUCUGAGUAAAUCGGGUCCCUCAGAGUUUCGGUUCCGCCUGGCAGGCGUCCAGCUGUCCGACCGGGGUUACUACUGGUGCGACAUCACUGCGUGGACUAAACAGCAGCCGAGGCAAACUUGGACUAAAGCCAACAGCUCCGAGUCGAACAAAAUCAGGAUCGACUUUCAGGAAAACGGCCCCACCUUCUCCAUCACCAUCCAGUCAGACACCACCAGUGUUUAUCCGUGGGAAACGGCCAAGAUGGAGUGUUCGCUCAGCCUCUCUGGAACUUCACCAAAGACUGAUGACCUGUCGUACGAGGUGAAGUGGUUUUUCACCCGGCUGCGCGGCGGACAGACGCCGACGGAGGUGGCCAGCAUCGACCGCUUCGGCGUCGUCAGGAAAGUAGAGCGCAACUCGUCCAGCGACAUCUCGAUAGAGCGCAGAGACGCAAACACCUACCUGCUGAACAUUUUCGGCACUCAAGACACCGACAGUGGCGAGUAUCACUGCGUGGCCACUCCCUGGUACCUGUCGGCCUCGACGGGAGCCUGGACCGAAGCUAAGGAGACGACGUCGGGUCGAAUCUUCCUCACCGUCAAAUUUGCUGUGUGGGACUCCCUAAAGUUGCCUCUCUUAUAUGGUGCAUCGGCCUCACUGGGUGUGGGCCUCUUCUCCCUGAUCCUGGGUCUGGUCUGCGCCCAGUGCUGCUGCCGCAACACCGCGCACACUCCGCGCUCGCGCAACAAACUGAUGGACUUGGAGAUGGACUGACAAACACUUUCCCCCGCACCCUCACACUGCAGCGCGCACAGGAAGCACCACCCACACAACAGACACACGCCCAUAGACGAUUUCUGGGACACCCAGCUGUUCGCGGCCGACGGGCGUUGGGAGUAAAACCGCUUCGGACGUAGGCGCCCAACCAAUCGACCGACCAAUCGCAGGGCUUUAACAAGGUGCUCUUUUUCAACUCUGCAGUGAGGGAGCAGGGGACUUAAAUACUUAAUGGAGACGUAGCCUUUCAGACUUCUGUUUCUAAGAAGAAACCUGUGGCGCUUCUUGCGAAUUUUAUGCAGAUAUGUUUAUACCCAGCCAAGACUGAGGAUUUUAAUGGAGUCAUCACUGCCACUUUGGGAAUAAAGGACCACUAAACGGAUCUGCUGCCACCAUAACCACUAGGAAUCACAAAUGGAGCAACCAAGCCAGACCACAUGCUUUUUUUAAAAUAUAUAUAUAUUUGCUUCCUUCUGAUGGCAAGGCUCGUCGAAAAAUGACGACAACUCUGCGGCACCAGCCACCCCCGACAAAUUUUCUUGGAAAGCUUGGAAGAUUCAAGGGUUUUCUGGGUUUCGGUGGGACAGGAGUCACAUUUCAUUUUACCGGUGAUCUGAUGGGACGUUGUGUCUUCACAAGGUUAAUGACGCCUCAUUGCGUCCUUGUAAAGUCGCAUGGUUUGCAGUGACCGAACGUUUAGGCUGCAGGAAUUAAAGUGCUCCGCGUACUUUCUACACGAGAGGUACUGCACUACCGCCCCCCCAGAGUAUUCCUACCUUAAACUAAAGGAUUUACCUUUAUUCUCUAGUUUUUUGAAAAUUAAGAGAUUUUAAAAUGAGAGACAUUUUUAAGCUUUACAAGAUGAUAUGCAGUUAGCGUGUUUGUGUGUGAGAUAUACUGUACAUGGUGCCAAUAUUUGAACUGACGGAGGUGUGCUUGGUUCAUAUCACCAGAUCUACACUUGAACAGCCGCUGCAAGUGGCGACAGCAAGCACUCUUCUUUUUAUAAAUAUUCAGAAAUGUAUCCAGCUGUUCUUUUUUUUGCCCGAGUCUUGUGUGUGUUUCGUACACCGUGUGGGUGCUGUGCUACAGUGUGUGAGACAAAGAGUUGCAUGUACUGUUUUAUAAUGGCAGUAUGAUGUCAUUCAUGAGCAACGCACGUCUUCUCCAGGGUUUCGUUUUCAUGACAUCUAAGCCUCGCUGUCGCCGACGUAGACUCCUGUGUUCACACUGUGAACAACAUGACUCCGUUUUAACAGGGUGACGCAAGGAACUCUUCCAUUGUUUGCAAAGUUUUGGGAAAGAUGCGCAUGUUUCUCAGAUUCAGUUCCGUAAGGAAAAGUUCAGCAUUUUGGGAAGUGGUACACAGCCUUGUUUAGCACGAAGACGAGAUGCAAGGGAAAUGCUAGCCUACCUCAUUUAAAAGUAAAACUAUUAGCUUUGAAAGGACUUUUUACACAUUUUUGCUUGGACUGUUGAGAUCUUUUUGGUUCUACCCCUACAGAUGACACUUUUGAAACGUUUGGUGAAGGUCUAAGCUAGCCUGUAUUACCUGUAGGCCACUUGGCUAACAAGUAUACAAAAAAUAGCCCUGCUCAUUUAAUACUGAUAACUAGCUAGCUAGGCAGGAACCAGAAAAGCUUUUGCUGGCAGACAUUUUUUGGUUACGCUAGGCUAACAGUUUUUCCUGUCUUUAAACUAAGCUAGGUGACAUCAUCCAUUUAUGUUUAAAAAAAUAAAAUAAAAUAAACAGUUUCUUUAAUGCUGCUCACUGUUAUGCUAGCCAACAUUUUAGCUGACUGCCAUUUUUUGGUUUAGGCUAAGCUAGGCUGCAUCAACCCCCCCUCUGUGUUCAACAAGCAUAUUUUUAAGAAUAUCAAACAGUUUCUUAAAUGAGGCUCACCAUCAAGCUAGCCAACAUUUUUUGGUUUAGCUGGGUUAGCAUUCCUCACUCACUCCGGACUUUGUGCUAAGCUAGGCUGCAUCAACCACCGGUUUCUGUUUAACAAGAAUAUUUAAAAAGAGUUCUUAAACUGUUCCUUUAAUGCUGCUCGCAAGCCAGCUAGCUAGUUAACCUUUGGCUAGCUAGCUGGCUGACAUUUUUGCUAAUAAAUUUCAACUCCAAACAAGGAAUGCCUCUUCUCCAUAAAUAAUCUGAGUUUUGUCUCAGUUUGAGGAAAAUUGUACAAAACUGUUUAGCUUGCACUUAAGAAAAGGAUAUACAACAACAUUGAGAGAAAUCUGCAAUAACCAGCUGAUCGUCAGCAGUGCCCAUUUGUAUCAUCGGCUGACAUCUGUUGAGUCUCUGUGGUGUUUUUUUUUUUUUUGUUUUUUUUUGCAAAUGAAUGGACUUCUGGCGACUGGUGUAGCAUGCCGACUGCUGCGUGAACGCACACUCACAGUCCCGGCAGUAACAACACACGCAAAGUGAGGAAGUCUCUGGCCAAGCGCGGCGGGAUCCAAGCGGACCUGUUGGGUUUGGAAUACGAUGUGCCGGCCUGCGUUUCCUCUUGAACGGACUUGAAGGGGCUUGAAUGGGAGCUUUGUUUGAUGUGUUUUUAAAAGGAUUUUUAAGCAACUUCAUGAGCAAUAUCAGGCUGGAGGCGGGUCACAGCUCAAGGAAAGCUCUUAAGAUUAAGUCUAAUUUAAAAAUCGACUGUUUUUCCCUGAUUCGAAAUGGGCUGCACUAGCUGUCUGACCAUGCAGCCGAUGCAGAACGAGAAAACAAUUGGAUCCUAAGUCAUCAUUUUUACAUGCAUCCUCCUUGAAUUAGUAACUCCAACCCCCACUCCACAGGUGUGCGUGCCUCUCUGUGACUGUGCUGUUUCGGCAUUCAGGAUACGUUUACAGCACAGCAAAUAAUCUGUGCAUAAUGCUCUUGAUGGUAAACCACACACAAACGGUAGCAUUGAUACACACCACUGAACAUGUCACUGCAAGGCUUCCCCUGUGUCUCUUUAUUUUGUCAUCUGGUCGCAAUUGGUACGAUGAAUCAUGUUUUUUUUUUUGUUUUGUUUUUUUGUUUUUUAAAUAAAUAGAUUUGUAAGAUGUGUUCAUUUUGA